AUGAGCUUCGGAUAUGGUGUCGGGGACUUCCUCGCUCUAGUGAAACUCGCCAAGGCCAUCAGGGUGCGCUUUGUUAGUGCACCAGACCAAUUCAGACAUAUUUCAGAAGCUUCAAAGACCUUGUGCAAUGUCCUCCGCGAUAUCAAAGACAUCUACGAGCAAGCGGAGCUUGAUACCCAGCAGGAGAAACACCUAGACGAAAUCUCUCGCUCUUGCCGUAGUGGACUGAAUGAACUACUCAGCAAAUUAGACGAAUACCAGGAGUUGGACCUUCGCACUAACAGCCUAGGGGGCACCUGUCGUCGCGUCUGGAAAAGACUCAAAUGGGACCAAGCUGAGAUGGAUGAGAUUUGUCAGAGGAUACAGUCCAAUGUUCAAAUAUUUAAUCUCUUCAGUACUAGUCUGACUAGUCAAGUAGCCUUUACUACAAAAGAGCUCGUUCACCGAGUUAACAACACCAUGGAAGACAAAGCUCAGCAUAAACUCCUUGAAUGGCUUACGACCGUCAACUAUGCAACUCAGCAAGGUGAAUAUUUCAAACGUCGGCAAGAGGGCACCGGUAAGUGGCUACUAGGCACAGACAAGUUUCAGCAGUGGAUUAACAACGAAAAUAAAAACAUCCUGUGCACGGGCAUACCUGGAGCUGGAAAGACAAUGCUUACUGCUAUUGUCAUCAAACAUCUUGAAGAGAAGUGUGAACACGACCGAAGUGUUGGUCUCGCCUACAUAUACUGCAACUUUCGGCGCCACCAUGAGCAGAGUGUGGACAAUAUACUUGCGAGUCUGAUAAAGCAAUUGUGUCAAAGAAUGUCGUUCCUUCCCGAGGAUAUAAAGACCCUAUAUGCGCAACACAAGAAACGUCAGACACGGCCGGAACUCGACGAACUUUUCGAGAGCCUAUCCGUUCUGCUUGGUCACUUCUCGAAGAUCUUCAUAGUGGUGGAUGCCCUUGAUGAAUAUUCAUCUAGGGAUGAAGCGCUACGCAGGCUGUUAUCCAAGUUAUUUCGUCUGCAGAGCAACAGCACAGUUAGCAUAUUCGCUACGUCACGGCAUAGCCCGGUCAUCCAGUCGGCAUUCGAUGGUUGCUUACAGCAAGAAAUUUUUGCUGCCGCUGAAGAUGUAGAGGCGUAUCUGCGAGAUCACAUGUCCGAUCUGUCAAGGGUCGUGCUAGGAAACAAUAAGCUACAGGACGAAAUAGUUGAAGCAAUUAUGAAAACAGUGGAUGGAAUGUUUCUUCUUGCCCAACUCCACCUUGACUCAUUGAGAGGAAAACUCUCGGUAACGGCGGUUAAGAAAACACUAGAGAAAUUGCCAACUGGAACUGACGCGUACGAUGUUGCAUAUGAAGAAGCCAUGGAGCGGAUAAAUGGGAAGACGGCGGGAGAAAGAGAGUUGGCAUUUCAGAUUCUUGCAUGGAUCACCUGCGCUCGGGUGCCGCUGAAGAUAGAACAGCUUCAAUAUGGCCUUGCAGUCGAGCCCGACGAGGCAGAGUUUGAUCCUGAUAAUCUUCCUGACGCGCAAGACAUGGUCGCUAUUUGUGCUGGCUUGGUAACUAUAGACGAAAAUUGUCGUAUCAUACGCUUAGUCCAUCAUACCGCACAGGAGUAUCUCGAGAGAUCCCAGACAAAGUGGUUUCCCCGAGCGCACUAUGACAUGGCAAGAGCCUGCAUGGCAUACUUGCUGCAUUCCGUUCAGUCACGAGCAGACUUACUCCUGGAAGAUAUGCAUUUUUCUGGCUACUGUACUCAAAAUUGGGGCUAUCAUUUUCAGCUUGCUCUUGCAGAACCCGGAUUGGUACACAGCCUUCUCCGAGACAAGAAGAAGGUCUGGAAUUGUGCUCAAGCCUUAAUGACGUCACGGGGCGAGAUAGAUGUUAUUGAACGGCACGAGCAGAUGCCAGAAACGGUGACAGAAGCUCACUUGGUUGCAUAUCUUGGGCCAGAAAGUGCGCUGAGGGAGCUGAUAAAAGCCGGAUAUCCCUAUGAUGCUCUUGAUGCUACCAACAGAUCUCCACUAUUUUGGGCAGCAGAGAAUGGCCAGGAGGGGGCAGCCAGAGUUUUGAUCGAACAAGGACUCGUUCCAGAUCAACAAGACCAGUGGGGAUUUACUCCCCUUGCGCUAGCAGCAAAAUAUGGCCAUUUCGAGGUUGUGAAGUUACUCUUGGACAAUGGAGAUAGUCCAGAUUUAAGGAGCAACGAUGGCCGAACCCCUUUGAUGCUAUGUUGUAAGAUACCGCUCUUCAACGCAGGCAGAUACGGGGAUUCGCUUGCUGUCUCAUCAUUGCUCAAGCAAUCGUUUGGUGUCAACCACAUGAGUGUAUCAGUCUGGAGGGAUGAUUCUCUUAUCAAGGAUAAUGCAGGUCAUACACCGCUAUUCAACGCAGCCAAAUAUGGGGGUGCGGUUGUUGUUCAAACGUUGCUCACCCAUGGGUUCUAUCCAAACCACAUGAAUGAUUCCGGCGUGACUUCGUUGUUGUCCGCUUCCUACCCCAAGCUUUAUGAUGUUGUUAGGGGAGACCAUCACUCCAUGUUCAUGUCGCUAUUAGACCAUGGCGCUGAUUCUAACCUCACUGAUCAAAAGAUUGGUCGACCUCCUUUGGUAUGGGCAGCGCAGAGAGAUCUUGCUUCGAUGGUGGAAGCAUUGUUGAGCAGAAGGGUUGACGCAGACAGCCAGGACCGUGACGGUUGGACUGCUCUUUCGUAUGCGACUUCUACACCGUUGGAUCACAAGGAGUCAGGAGAUGAAGUCCUAGUUAAGCAAAUCCUUGAGUCUGGGAGUAAUCCAAAAGCUCACGGUACACACAUCAAGGGAUCCUUGGCGGCGACCACACGCCGUGAUUACGAGGGCGUUGUGGAACUACUUUUGCAGUAUCAGGCGAUCUCAGACGCGGUUAACAGGAGAGGAUGGUCACCAUUGAUGGCCGCAGCAGCAACAGGACGCGGGAAUACAGUUCGAUUACUGCUCGAUACGGGAAAUGUAAACCCCAGGCGCCAGGAUGAGUAUGGCCACGAUGCGGCCCACUACGCACGAAAAUAUGGGCACGACCAAAUCGCGCUACUUCUCUCGAGUCCUAUAAUGGAGACCAACGUGGCCAUCAAGGAAUCUGUGUGCACCGCAGACCAGCCGGAGAACGCUACUCUCAUUGCUUCUCGUGCAACAUAA